UGUCUCUUCGAUCUUUGUCAGAGUGUCUGUCUAUUUACCUUGCGUGCACCCUGUCAGUGUGGGGAUUCUGUUUACUUUUGCAUUGGACUGAUGCAUUUUCUGGGUUAGUUCAGCUGUUUGCCUUUGAGUCUGUCAUUUUAAACCAUUUCAAAGAAAAUUUAUAGGGCAUUAUGGAAUUUUCUACAACUUUGAUCUUGGCAGGGCUAAUCUUAGCUCUACUGUGGAUAUUUAAUGUAAAAAACAAAACAAACAGGCGUCUACCUCCAGGACCCACUGCACUUCCUUUGAUAGGAAACCUUCUACAGAUAGACAAAAAAGCUCCUUUUAAAAGCUUUGUUAAGUUCAGUGAAACCUAUGGGCCAGUGAUGACAGUAUACCUAGGCUGGCAGCGGACAGUAGUUCUGGUAGGAUAUGAUGCUGUGAAAGAAGCCUUGGUGGAUCAAGCAGAUGACUUCACAGGCAGAGCACCAACUCCCUUUCUGCACAACCCUAACAAGAAAUACGGUAUAGGGAGCAGUAAUGGGGAACGCUGGCGUCAGCUGCGUCGUUUCACACUGACCACUCUAAGAGACUUUGGGAUGGGACGCAAGGGGAUGGAAGAAUGGAUCCAAGAAGAGAGUGAACAUAUGAGGGCUCACAUGCUUAAAUUAAAAGGUUCACCAUUUGACCCCACAUUCUUAUUGAGCUGUACAGUGUCUAAUGUGAUCUGCUGCCUGGUUUUUAGUCAACGGUUCAGCUAUGAAGACAAGCAGUUCUUACGCCUUCUUACCAUACUUUCUCAUAUAGGAAAGCUUAACAGCAGCCCUGUGGGUCAGAUGUACAACCUCUUUUCAAAACUCAUGGACCAUCUUCCUGGCCCCCACCACAAAGUUUUUGCAGAGUAUGAAGAGGUGAGAAAGUUUAUCAAAAUGAAGAUCCAAGAACACAAAGACACAUUGGACCCCAGCUCCCCACGAGACUACAUAGACUCCUUCCUUAUUCGAAUCAAUCAGGAAAAGGAGAUUUCCACAACUGAGUUCCACUAUGACAAUUUGGUCUCUACAAUAAUGACUCUGUUUCUGGCUGGAACACAGACCACCAGCUCCACCCUGAGAUUUGCUCUUAGCGUGCUGAUUAAAUACCCCAAAAUACAGGAGACAAUGCAGCAAGAGAUUGACAGUGUUACUGGAAAAGGCCGUUGUCCCAGCAUGGAGGACAGGAAGUCCCUCCCUUUUUCACUUGCUGUCAUCCAUGAAAUGCAGCGUUUUCUUGACCUUGUUCCUCUCAGCCUCCCUCACUACACACUGAAUGACAUAUCCUUCAGGGGUUAUACAAUCCCAAAGGACACUGUAAUUAUUCCACUGUUGCACUCUGUGCUAAAAGAGGAAAAGCAAUGGGCCACUCCCAGGUCCUUCAAUCCCCAGCACUUCCUGGACAAUAAUGGCAGCUUUAAGAAAAGUCCUGCAUUCAUGCCAUUCUCUGCAGGGAAGAGAAACUGUGUCGGCGAGUCUCUGGCCCGUAUGGAACUUUUUAUUUUCAUAGUAUCAUUGCUGCAGGAUUUCACCUUUUCCUGUGCUGGAGGCCCUGACAGUAUAAACCUCAUUCCAGAAUAUAGCAGUUUUCUUAAUGUGCCCUGUAGAUACCAUAUCAUGGCCACACCUCGUUGAAAGAGAUCAUUUUUUCAGACCGAGUUAUAGUCUGGUUGAAGCACUCUAAUAGAUUUCUUCAUCAGCUUCCUGUGAAACAGUGAUUUGAUGUUUAUUUUACAGUCAAUUUGCUAGUACCUCACUGAUGUAGUAAACUAGACCAUUACAUGCAAAUCUUUCACCUCGUCAUAACUGUGAUUUCUGUUUUUUGUCAUGUAUUCUUUUUCUUUAAUGAAUUAUUGUUUCUUGGAUUAAUUGGACUGUUUUUUUCUAUAUGCAACAAAUAUUACUACUAUCUUUAACUAAUAACUACUAUAAAUGGCUUUACACCUGUCAACAAAUCAUAAAAGCCUUUAUGUAAA